CAUGGUAUACAUCCAUUUUCCAUCCAACUUGACUGAAGAGGAGCAUAUGCUCCAAGCCAAGUACCAAAAGUUGAAGAAAAAGAAAAAAGCCCUGCAGCAAAUGAAAGCACCGAAACAAGAACCCGAAAAGCCAGCAUUGAAACGACCCACAGAUGCUCGUGAUGCCCGUGAGGUGGCUAGGAAACUUAUAAAAAGCGGUGCUAUACCGGCCAUACAAAAACAACAAACCAAGCAGGAUCAAACAUCGUUUAAACGACCCAAGGGUCAAGAACGUAAACGACCAGUUCCCGAGUCAUCUGUGGCCGCCUAUCAACCAUUCUCGUCGACACAAAAUGACGUGGCCCAAGAAACAAUAAUAAGUGAAAUUAUUAAGGAGGAACCACGUAUGCAAAAUCUGUAUCAACAUUUUGCCUCCGAACGUGAUCGGGAGGAACGUGGUUUGGGUGAUAAAAAUAGUCCUUUGGAUUCGCAGGGCGAUAAACCACGGGCGGGUAACACCAUUUUUGUUUCGGGUAACAAAGUCACCGAGGAGUUCUUGAAGAAAACAUUCAAUGAUUAUGGAACCAUUGUCAAUGUGUCCAUGGAAAUUGAAAAGAGUCGUGGCUUUGUGACAUUUGCCAAACCGGAGUCCGCAGAUCGUGCCAUUGCCGAAAUGCAUGGCAAAAAUGUUAAUGGCAUCAAUUUGCAGGUGCAAUUGGCUCGUCGUCAACCACAAAUUGAGCCCAUAAAUGAUGCUUCCUCCUCGGCAGUUUGGUCAUCAAUUGCUGCCAGCAAAUCACAAAAGGGUAGUCACAAAGAUCGCCGUGAAAUGGUUCAAUACGAUGUUGAUUUCUUAAGUUAAGCCAAUUCCA